UCCGUCCCGGGCAGCUGGGGGAUUUCCUGGGCGGAAGCAGUAAGGGGGUUUCCAGUGAUCAGACCAGUCUCACACUCACAGAAAUACGGAGCUAGAACCACGAACCUGGACCUGGAUAAUGAAGAGUUUAUAUGAAGUCUGGAGGAUCCGUAUACGCCGCAGCACCGGCGGGUUGAGGGUUUGAAUCCCGGAGAGAGAGAGUCCGCUGCUGAGGGUCAUGUCAGCAGGGAGGAGUGCUGAUGGGAGGGAGGUGCAGAUUCCCCUCCAGCAGGCGGCGUCCUCCCUGGCUGCGCCUCUCUCUCUGGCUCCUCCAAUAGUCCCCACAUCUCACCUCCGCCCUGCCAACCCCUGGCCUGUGAGUGACCCGGGUGCUCCACAAGGUUUCCUGCCUCUUCAUGGAGGAUUCAGAGAUCACUUUGUAGAAACUCCAGAAGCCAAAUAUUGCUGCGAGGCUUGUCGUUUGGUUCUGUGUCAACCACGACAGACAGAGUGUGGACAUCGUUUCUGUCAGAGUUGUAUCAACAGCAUCCUCAGUCAGCCAAACCCAGUAUGUCCUGCCGACAUGGAACCACUUUUCAAAGACAAGAUAUUCAGAGAUGUUUGCUGUCACAGAGAAAUCAUGGCUCUGAAGGUUUACUGUCGCAGUGAAAAUAAUGGUUGUUCUGAACAAAUGAGUCUGCAGCAGAUUCCAGACCACCUGAAUGUGUGUCCGUUUUUUGAGCUUCCGUGUCCUCUGGGAAAAUGCAAAGAGCGAAUGAUGAGGAAGGAGAUUCCUGAUCACUUGACCUGGAAAUGUAAACACAGAGAGACCACUUGUGAGUUUUGUCUCACUAAGAUGCCCCUGACCGACCUGCAGAAACAUAAAGAGACAGUGUGCCCAGCAUUUCCAGUGUCUUGUCCUAACCACUGCUCCUUCUCCGCGCUGCCUCGCAGUGAGUUGUCCACUCACCAGCAGGAUUGCCCCAAAGCUCAAGUCAGUUGCCAGUUCCACCGUUACGGUUGCAACUUCAAGGGAUUAAACCAGGAAAUGCGGCAGCAUGAGUCCACCUUGGCAGCUGAGCACUUGAAAAUGAUGGGAAACUGGAACUGCUCCUUAGAGAAGAAGGUGGAUGAUGUUAAAGCGGACUUGAUGGAGCGCUAUAAGGUGCUUCCUGCUCUCAGCAGCCGACUGUCUGACCUGGAAAACCAGAACGACGAGCUGAAGGACAAGAACCGGCAACUGGAGCAGAAACUAGCAGCCAUGCAGAAGCUGAUGAGCUCUCACUCUGAGAAGCUCCUAGAGGUAGAGCUGGAACUGCGCUCUCUACGUUUGCUCAGAGACGAAGUGGAAAACCUGCGAUCAACGCUGGAGAAUGUACGCACGCGACUGAAUGCUCUUGAACAAGCAGGCCGUAGUGGAACAGGGUCUUCAUCGCAUACUCUAGCCCCCCUGGAAACCCAGCUGAAUCGUCAUGAUGACAUGCUGAGUGUCCACGAGAUCCGAUUGGCUGACAUGGACUUGCGUUUCCAGGUGCUGGAGACGGCGAGCUACAAUGGGACUCUGAUCUGGAAAAUCCGCGACUAUAAAAGGCGGAAACAGGAAGCAGUAGCGGGAAAGACACUGUCGCUUUACUCACAGCCAUUUUACACAGGAUACUUUGGAUACAAGAUGUGUGCGCGGGUUUACCUGAAUGGAGACGGCAUGGGCAAAGGGACACACCUGUCGCUGUUCUUCGUGGUUAUGAGGGGCGAAUACGACGCCCUGCUGCCAUGGCCUUUUAAACAGAAGGUGACCCUGAUGCUGAUGGACCAGGGUCCGUCCAGGAAACACCUGGGUGAUGCCUUUAAACCGGAUCCAAACAGCAGCAGUUUCAGGCGUCCAGCUGCAGAAAUGAACAUCGCCUCUGGGUGUCCACUGUUUGUGUCCCAGAGUGUCCUGGAGACAGGCAGCUACAUCAAAGACGACACCAUCUUUAUCAAAGUUACCGUGGACACCUCUGAUCUCCCUGACCCAUGAGGCUGUGACCUAAGUGACCUCUGACCUCUGAAGUUACUGCUCUGAGAUCAGCUCAAAUUCUCAUGCCAAGAGCAGAGGUUCAUGGGAAGAAUUGGCGAUGGUUCACCUGAGAGUGAUGUAGUUGGAAAGCAGCCGGUCAGAAGACAGAAACUUCACUCAGUCCAGUGGGCAGGGGCCUUCAGUGAUGGCUGAAAGAUUAAAAAAAACUACUGUUGCCAUGACGCCAUCAUGGUGACAUCAAGUGGAGCCAACAUGGCCGCUCAGUGUUGCUGCUCAUUACUGAUGCCAUGCAUCAAAUUUAUUUCCUGUUUAUUUCCUGGGAAAUCCACCACAGCCACAGAGGAGCUCGUAGACCAGAGACCUGGUCCAGUCAGGAAAGGCUAUGACAGUCCAGGAGAGACCAGGAGAAUUCAGAAGAGUCGUGGACAGACAAGAGAGUUCAGGAAAGGCUGGUAAUGAUCAGACCAGAAGACAGGAGGAUUUACCGUAGGUUACAGACCACAAGAAAUCACGAACUCAGGGAGAGUUCAAAAGUGGAUGUGAGUCCAGUAGCGUUGCUCCGUUGCUCAGCUGCUCCUCUGUGGCCUCUGCAAGUUUCAUCAUUGGUUCAUUUGCACAGUUUUCAAAUGUUUGUUAAUGUGUGAAAAUAAAGUGAAAACACAAAUGAUA